AUGGGUAAAAAUCUGAUUAUCAAAUGCAAUCUACCCCUGAGUAUAGCGGAAAACCCAGCGUUCCGUGAAUUCGUCAAAGAAUGUUAUCCAAAAUGGCAACCGAUAUCAGCAAGAACAUUGAAAUCAAAUAUUAUAGCUGUUUUCAAAAAUAGGAUUCAAACAACAAUUUGUGAAGCACUUGGAAAAGUCAGUGAUGUCACGUUAACUAUUGAUGCUUGGUCCGAUAGACGUGGCCGAGGUUUCUUAGGGAUUACCUGUCAUUUUCUGGAUGACCGAAUGUUACCACAAGCCUUUUUGAUUGAUUUCGUGCGAAUGAAAUCACCUCAUACAAGCGACAAUAUUCAACAACUAACUGAAUAUGUUCUUGAACGUUAUAACAUCAAAGAAAAAGUAUACAGAAUUAUUACGGAUAAUGCAUCUACAAUGAUUAAAGCCUACAAAUUUGGUUUAGCUUCCGAUGUCCAUCCUUCAAGUCAAAGUGAGCAAGUCGAUGUAUCCACAGCUGAAGACUAUUGUACAUCUGUUAUUUGUGAUCGUAAGUGA